UCGUUAUAAGGACUGUGAAUCUUGAUAACGCAUCGUUAAGAGGAGAAUAAACACUGUUGCACUCAGUUUUGCUGUAAAACGAUAUCGUCCAGACCAGCUUUAAUGAGAGGGUUACUAAUGUUUUUGAUAACUCUAGAACUCUUGAAAACUGCUGAAUCCGUGAAGGGAGUGAUGUGGAACAAGAAAAGUGGGAAUUUUGUGCCCAUCUUCGGUAUUCCGUCUUUCGGCGAGAGGAAGCAGGAGGUUUUCUUGAAAAGCCGAGAACAGGAGACGCACAACUUCCAAGGGAAAAUUGUUCGUUUCUCAUAUUACGAGAUGACCAAUCUGGUCAACACCGAAGAAAACGGAACAAAAGUGAGUGGCGCGAUUGGUGAAUUGUGGAGUAUUUUAGCUGAUCACUUAAAUUUUACGUUAGUAUAAUCAUAUUGUUAUGUAGAAUAUAUAAUGUGUAAACUGAAUUUGAACGUAUUAGGUUGAAGCCAAUUCUCACGGAAGAACGGAGAUUGGAAAUAUACCUCACUAAAGAUGAUGAUGGUGAUUUGUUACAAGUUACUCAGAUUAAUAAUACGGAUGUAAUACCGAGGGUAGAAGCUUAUGGACGAUCUCGUGCUGUUAGGCUUACUAUGCCAUUAUGGGU